AUGGCGCACCCACAGGCCUCUUCCGCCUUCCCCUACUGUCACAGGCUGCCCCUGCUCGCUGCAGAGACAGCGGCCAGCUUGGGCUCCAAGCGGCCCAGCCUCCCCAGCUGGCCAAGUCCUUGCAGCCAUCAUCCUGUCACCUCAGGGACCAGAGGGCCCCGCUGGCCCCGCAGCCCUCCCAAGGCCCUGGGCUCAGGCCCACCUCCUCCUGGACUUUUCCGGCCUGUAUCAGGCUGUGGCCACAUUAGAGAGACAGGGCAGCACCAGCCCAGGAGAGAGUCUGUGACACUGAACAUCAUCCCUCGGAAUUCUAGGAAGAGACUUGCUGCCUGCCUUCCUCCAGCCUACAGACCUGUGUCCCUUUUCCCAUACCUGCCCUGGCCUUCAAACCCAGCCGUUCAUCCCUACACCUUGCAACCUCCACUCUUAAGGGACAGCUAA